UGCUGCAGCUGCUGUUCGGGUCGGCUGCCUUUCAUUUUUGUAUGUUGAGAUUUGGUUUGAAAUAGAGCCAUUCCGAAAGGGCCACGGAACUACAUCACUAUUCGCUCUUACGGAGGUACCGGAGAGGAGUUACUGAGAGUAGGAGGAGAGAGGAAGAGCGAUAGCGCGAAGAUCAGAUUCGAGCUUUAUCCGGAGUAAAGUAAAACGAAAAGUGAUUUUUUUUAAACGCGGUGCGUGCAGAGAACUGCUGUGGGAGCUGGUGUGAUGCUGCCUCUUCGGUUGCCAUUCUAGAAAGAAAUGCCUGUCGUUAUUGCGUGAGAGAACCAUAACCGACGUUACCACCUUUUAAACCUGGAGUACAUCGUUUUUAGUUUUCUUUUUAACAGCACUAUCCGAUUUUCUUGUCGCUUCGUCGUUUAUGAGCUCGUAUGGUUUUUCCUCAUUCAUUCGUUAUUUUGAUGCAUAUUUAAUUUUUUUAAACAAAGGGCUCAACCGCUGCUUGUCAACAAACGACGGCCUGCUUUAGCUGUCGGCACGGUAGCUAUUCCUCUUCAUCAUGGUGGUAGGUUUGCACCCCGCUAGGUGGAUCGGACCUUUACCGGGCUAUUACUUUUCACUCCUCUGUUUCCUGACCAUCGCUUCGUUUCCUGGGAUUCGAACAUCAUAUCCCCAGAGUGGCGAAUGCAAAGGGAAAAGCUGUACUGACUUCUCGGAGAAGAAGAGUGACCUGCGAGUGUGCGAUGACUCCACGUGUCGGUACGGGGGCACCUGUGUGGAGGAUGGGGCUGACCUGAAGUGUGUGUGCAACAACUUUCAGUGCCACAAAAACUACAAACGGAAUAAAGGCUACACUGUAUGCGGGUCCAACGGAGAGACGUACCAGAACGAGUGCUACUUGAGGCAGGCGGCCUGCAAGCUGCAGAGGCACAUAGCUGUGGCUACAGAAGGCCCCUGUAAUCCUGAUAACGGUUCCGGGUCAGGGGAAGGAGAGUACGAGGGGUCAGGAACAGACACAGGCAAGAAGUUCACCAAGUGUGGCACCUGCAAGUAUGGUGCGGAGUGUGAUGAAGACUUAGAAGAUGUGUGGUGCAUAUGCAACAUCGACUGCAGCGGGCACAACGAAAACCCUGUAUGCGCCACCGAUGGAAACUCCUACAACAACCCCUGCCUGGUCCGUGAGGCCUCCUGCAUGAAGCAGGAGCAGAUUGAUGUCAAACACCUUGGGAGAUGUCCAGAUAAAGAGAAGAUGGGGAAGAAAGAUGAUGGCCUUUACAAGCCUGAUCUUUUGGACACUGCCGACCAGGGAGACAGUGUUUACGGAGGAAUUUCCAUCCCUUGCACGGAUAGCGACGCCGGAUACUGUGUGCAUGGCAAAUGCGAGAUCAAAUACAACAUGCGCUCCUGUCGCUGUGACUCUGGAUACAAGGGCCUACAGUGUGACGAGUCCCAGGACUUCAACAUCCUGUACGUGGUGCCCAGCGGGCAGAAGCUCCACUACGUCCUCAUCGCUGCUAUCAUUGGAGCUGUGCAGAUUGCCAUCAUCGUCGCUGUAGUAAUGUGUAUUACGAGGAAAUGUCCCAAAAACAACAGGGGGCGUCGGCAAAAGCAGAAUCUUGGCCACUUCACGUCAGACACUUCAUCUAGGAUGGUAUAGCUCCUGGGUUUUUUUUCUUCUCUUUUUUGUUUUUCUGAGAUGUUUUCUUACCACGUGGAAUAUGUUUUUUAAUGUACAAAUUUUUGUUGCGUUUUUCUGGAAAACGAGAACAGAGGAAUGAAAAUAUUUAUUUCAGGGGCCUUAUUUUUCUUUUCUUUUUUUCAUUUCCACUCUUGGACAUUCAAGGUGUGUGCUGUCGACAGUGUACAGCAUAUUUUUAACAGCUACAGACUGUUCAGAAGACAACGAAGCCACUUUUUUCUUCACUUUUUUUUUUUUUUUUUUGACAAAAGCAUUUGAAGGUGGUAGCUUCAGCACGCUUACCUUGAAUCCCAUGGUAAUGUAACAGACUUCUGCCUCUUGGAAUGUGCUUUUUAUUGGAAUGGUUACUUCUUGGCAACUUCAUUGGACAUUUCUCUUUUUUGUUUUUGGCUAUUGAUGUGCAGCUGAACACCAAAUGCAGUUUUACAGAAUUCACUAGACAGCCAGGAUAAGAGGUUCACAGUUGUUCGUAAAUAUGUAUUGCAGUGAACACACUGUGUUUGACUAGGUCAUAGUUACAUUUUUCUUAAAUUAUAGCCAUUCAUGUUUAAAUAAAUUAUUAUGAUUAUGAUUAUUAUUUCUAAAUCUAGACACUACAUAUCGCAUGAAUUGUGAAACUGUGUUCUGUGGAGUAGUUUUAACUUAAAUUAAAUGCUGUGCUGUAUGUCUCGGACAGUCUCGUAGCUUUCAUCCAAGCAUUACUGUUUCAACGAUUCCAGCGCUGUUUCAACAUUUUAUUAAGCCUUUGUGUACUGGUUACGAUCACCAUUGAAGAAGUGGCUGGUUGUUUUGGUGGUUGUAAGGAUGUAAAAAUCUAUGAAUUUUUCAGUAGAGAAAAAGGACUGGAAUGUUCCGUUAUUUUGAAACUGGAGGAAAACACCAGUUUAUUUAUCAUUUGUCUGGAUUUGUACACUAAUAACAAGGCAACCUUCAAAAUAUAAAGACAGGAAAAUAUGUUAUGUCAAAGAAGUAUUUAUUUCAGCUAGCCAACAUUUAUGAAAACAAAUAAAUGAAUCUGUGAAUAAAUGAAAGAACACCACAUUCAAGUAUACAGUAGCAUUUUAGAUUUAAUUAUUUAUCAAUGGAAACAUGGGUUUCUGAAAAGACACAAGAACAAGGGCUACAUUUCAGUUUGUGGUUCUUUGUUUUCUUUUGAAUAAAACCAUUUUAAGUUUGCAACUCUAUCAGAUAUUUUGAAUUGUACAGUGGUUUUCCUUUACCUUUACAUCCCAAUGAUAAUGUCAGUAGUGUCCAAAACACUGUGCUAACCUAGGAUAACAGUUUUUUUCACAUUUUGGUGGUGUGGCCUACAGGUUGAGGUCCUUGUUUGAAUUCAUCUGGUUGUAGUUCAUUAAAAUUAGCGAUCAACUUGUUGUUAACCAUCCAGCAGUGACUCUUAAAAUGUGAGUAGAAUGUGUUUGUUUGACGUCAUUAAUAUUCUGCAUGUAGGACUUUGCGGUCAGCCAUUUUUGUCUCAAACAGAAAAUAAAAAUGCUUUUUUAAUGUA